UAUAUAUAUAUUGUUAGACAUUUAGUUAGUAUUAUUAGUUUGUGUAGUGACGCACCAUAAUUAACGGCUUUGAACGCGACUAGUGACGUUUAUGACUUAGUUGGGUUAGAGGCUACUUGGAGACAGAAAAUCAGUUGGUGAUAGGAUUUCAUAAGGAUGGUCACAUGGCUACAAAAGAUCAACAUUUUUCUGGCCACGAUAAUUUUAUUAAUUUCCUUCAGUUUAUAUACCUCUGUACCGGCUGAUCUAGAAGACCCGUGGAUAGUCAGAACAUAUAUAGCUGCUUUAAGAUCGGCCAACUUUUUGGCCAACACACUCGAGCUGUUGUCGUCUGUCCCUUCUAUCACAACUUUACGCUAUCUGGUGGAAGCUGCUUACUUUCCCAUCAGACUGCCCAACACACUUCUCCAUAUUGAAGAUUUCAAAAUCAAUGGAUUGAAUGUCAGAUUGUAUAGACCGAAGUCGGCUGUGGAGUUAUCUCCCUGUAUUCUCUACUUUCAUGGUGGAGGUUGGAGCUUAUUUAGCAUCGAUUCCUAUGAUUCUGUUACAAGAGACUUGGCGCAACACACCAAUACUGUGGUCAUAUCUGUCGAAUACCGACAGUCUCCAGAGUUUUCUUUCCCCGUACCGUUUGACGAUUGUCUGAGAGUAACACAACACAUCCUACAGAAUGGGCUGAAAUACAAGAUAGACAGUCACAGAGUUGCUCUCCUUGGGGACAGUACUGGAGCAAACCUUGCAGCGGCAGUGGCUUUGCGCAUCUCAGAAGAAGACCCAGGCUUUACUCCACACGUCAGACUGCAGGUAUUACUGCAACCAGUUCUACAGGCUUUUACUUUUGAUACUCCAUCCUACAGACUUUACAGCGACCAUACAUUUCCUGGGCGCUCACAAAUCCUCAAAUUUUGGUGCUAUUAUCUGGGCAUACAACCAACACAAGACGUGGUGUCAUCAUUCCAGAAAAAUGAUCACGUGUCACCCAGUUUGAGAACCUCUAUCUAUUCUCAUUACUUAUCGGAAUCUCAGUUGCCAGAAUCUGUCAGAGAGAAGAGCCCAGCAAGCUCUUUGGACAGAUACUCCAAUCAAUACGACCAGAACCUGGCACUCAAAGUUGAAUCCAAAGUCAUUGAUCCAUUUGUGUCUCCAUUACUUGCUGACGUUUUGAAUGCAUCGCCCCCCACGUAUAUACUGGUGGCCGAGGCGGAUGUCGUGAGAGACGAUGGCCUUUUGUACGCGUCAAGGCUGCGGGCAGCGAAUGUGUCAGUAGAGUUGAAACAUGUACACAAUCAGUCCCAUUUCUUCUUGGCGCCUAAACUACCGUCUGGAAUUUUGACCUUCACUUCAGCGGAUGAAACUUGGCGGGAAAUUUAUCAAUUUAUUUCGAAAAAUGUAUAAUAAGAUUCAUUGUUAAAAUUAGUCUCUUCACAUUCACAUAAUAUGUUAUAUAAAUAAAAUUUAAGAAUUGACAAACUGAAUGUGCCUGACUUUUAAGU